AUAAACUAUCGAAUAAUCAUAGAUAGUCGACUAUCGAUUGGCAACACUAUAUUUGAAUAAAGAUUACAAUGUAUUCGUAUUGUUUCGUGUAGAAUGGUGGCUCCUUUGGCUGCGGCGCACGUGUGUGCGAUGGGCAGCACCAGUGUAGGCGGCGCAGUGGCGGCAGCGCUCCACUUCUUCGCCGUAGCGCAGUGCAUGCUGCACGAGCCGUGGCCGGAGCAACCGAAAGUGUUCAACGAGUCUCACUUCGACUUCAUCGUCGUCGGGGGCGGCACCGCCGGCUCGGUGCUUGCGGCGCGGCUGGCGCAGCUGCGUGACGUCACCGUGCUCCUGCUGGAGGCCGGGCCAGACCCGCCCACUGACAGCACCAUCCCGGCCUACAAAGACUUGUUGAAAAGCGGCCCCUACGAUUGGAAUUUCACUUCGCUCACGGACGGCCACUCUGGGACCGCGCUAAAGGGAGGUAUACAACGCCAGCCGCGCGGCCGCAUGCUGGGUGGCUCAGCCUCCGCCAACGACAUGAUCUACACUCGCGGCUUCCCCAAGGACUUCCAGAAGUGGGCAGAGAUCGCCGGCCCCAGCUGGGACUGGGACACCGUCCUCUCCUACUAUAAGAAGACCGAACAUCUCACCGAUGAGAAGAUCCUGAACGACCCCGUCCUCAUGGCGUACCAUUCUGUUCACGGAGAGAUGGUCGUCAGUGGAACGAAGCAUCCUGCGAAAGAAGUCGAAAUGUUCCUUAAAGCAUUCAACGAAGUGGGAUUCGACUUAGUCAACGACAUGACCUACCCGGGGAAAUUCGGAGCUGGACGUUUUUUGCAUACCAUCAGGGAAGGACGCCGCGAGAGCACCGCCACCGCGUUCAUCAAUCGAAACAGAUCAAAGUCUAAGAACCAGGGUAACCUUUUCGUUUUAAGAAACGCGCUCGCAACUCAGGUCUUGAUCAAUGCCAACAAAACCGCUUACGGAGUGAAAGUACUAAGAGACGGUAAGCAUGAGCACGUGUAUUAUUCAGAUUUCGAAGUGGUGCUGACGGCCGGCGCGUUCAACACGCCAAAGUUGCUGAUUUUGUCCGGCGUCGGUCCCAAGAAACAAAUGACCGACUUAGGUAUACCAUUGGUGCAAGAAUUGCCCGUCGGUGAGACGCUGCAUGACCACGCGAUGGUGCUCACCUACAUUAUUGCGAACGGCAGCUUGUGCUCGCAGUCAAAGUCCGAGCAGCACAUGGAAAUGAUAAAGUACUUGCACGACCAGACCGGCGCGCUCAGCUCUUCGGACAGCAUGGGCGUCUACUUGACGUUGGAUGCCAGCUCCAACAGCACCGUGCCCGAUUUCGGCAUCUACCCAGUGUGCAUUCCGAAAAACUCCGGUUUCAAAGAGGCGUGCGGCUCGAUCUUGAACUUCAGGGAUUCCGUGUGCGAGAAGCUAGGCGCUGUGAACAAGGAACACGAGUUGCUGUCCUUCGCCGUCGUGAACCUGGACCCGAAAUCGAGGGGCAAGGUGCGGCUGGUGACGAAGGACCCGCUCGAGAACCCGAUCGUGCACUCUGGCACCUUCAGCGACCCGGCGGACUUCGAGGGGUACCACGAGGUGUUGGGGAUCGUGUACUCGCUGCUGAACACGACCUACCUGAAGAAAAAGGGAGCGCGCGUCGUCGAUCUCGAGUUGGAGGAGUGCGUGGAUAAGGUCGGCGACGAGGAGAUUAGAAAGUGUUACGCGAAGGCGGUGGGGACUUCGGCGUGGCGGUCCGCGGGCACGGCAGCGCUGGGCGCGGUGCUGGAGGCGGACCUGCGCGUGCGCGGCGUGGGCGGCCUGCGUGUGGCCGACGCUAGCGCCAUGCCUACGGGCGUGCGCGGCAACAUCAACGCCCCGGUGGUGAUGAUCGCCGAGCGCGCCUUUGAUUUCAUUAAGGAGAGAUUAAAAGACCUCUCCUACAACUUUCUUGUAUAGUUGAUUCGAAUGCACGAUGUGACGUGACGUACGAAGCUUUUUUUUGUCAUUUUUCUAUGUUUUAUUUAUAAGAAAUCGUGGGCGAUGUGUGACGGUGUUGUGUUUACCUCGAAGGAACGCGGUGGCGCUCGGUCGCCGCGUGCGUAUAGUAUCUCUUCUCUGCCGUGAUCUAUCGCGUCUGCUGCGCUGGAAGAGCGGGUGGUGAAUGGGGACGAUCUAUUUUCUCGUUCGCGACAUAGAAAAUAGGUUGUGCCCAUUCCGGAUACUUACUGGCCAGUCUUGGACAUCGGAUCACUAGUCGUCAUCGUGGACUUAGUUAUUUCAUCGUAGGAGUCGAGUCCUACUUUUAAUGUCUAGUGAUCCUAGUUUAGACUUCCCGUAAUGGAAAAUAGUAAUAUUAAAGUAAUACCUGCCUCCCUUCUUCCAGCUGGAUGACAUUAUUAUGAGCAGCACACUCGCCCAAUCAUAAGUUUUGUAAUUAUUAAGCUUUUAUACAAUUCGACAUUUUUUUUAUUAUUCUUUACAAUUUAUACCUUAUUUUUUUAUUAUAAUUUUACAAUUAAUUAAUUCAUGAAUUUGACCUAAUUCUAUGAAACAAUGUAAUAUUUUCCAUUAUUAUUAGAUGUUUGUAACCACGGAAAUGAUUGAGCUUUAGAAUCAGUAUUAUAGGCAAGUAUUUUCAUAAUUAUUAAGUUAAUUAACGACUGACAUUAAAUAAAUCAAAUGUCCAAACCGCUUUUGGGUAAGUUUUAGGAAUUAAUUUUUGAUUGUAUUGUUUUAAUAAUGUAUUUAGAAAUAAUAAAAUAGUAAUGAAACGAAUUGUUUUAUUUAUUCAUGGCAUGUAGGAGGCAAGAAAGAAAGUAGAAAGAAAAGAAAGUAGGCAUUAACAUCCCUAAAGUACGUAUAUGAAGCAGAGUAUCUAAUGAAAGCCG